CUGAAGUCGAAGUGUUUCACAAGCUUCCUUUGACAUAGAUUUGGCACGCAGCAAGGCACAAGCGCAGCCUCGGGUGGACAUUAUGCUCAUGGGGGAUGGCAAAGAGAAGCUUGGGAAAGCUUUGGCCAAGUGGUUUCAUGCCAAUGAUAUUCCAGGACGGAAAGCAGACUGUCCAUACUUUCGAUCAGCUAUUAAAUUAGCCCAACAACUUGGAGAAGGAGUGCACAUUCCUAAUGGAAGAGAAAUAGAUGGCCCAUUUCUGGAUAUGAACUAUGAAGACAUGGAGGCUCACAUGGUUGAAUUCAAGGAUGAAUGGGAUGACUAUGGAGUUACCAUCAUGUGUGAUUCAUGGACAGGUCCUACCAUGAUGUGCAUUAUUAAUUUUAUGAUCUUUUGCAAUGGACGCAUGUUCUUCCACAAGUCUAUAAAUGCAACUGGUUCUAUCCAGAAUGUUGUGAGGAGAUUGGGGCUAAGGUUGUCGUUUAGAUUGUCACAGAUAAUGGCUCCAACUACAAGAAAGCAUGUCGGCAGCUCAUUGCUCAGUAUCCACAUAUUACUUGGCAGCCAUGUGCAUCUCAUACUAUCAAUUUGA